AGAGGACCGGCUCUUGGGACGAUGACAGCAGCCACACAGGUCUCCUGUUGUCACCAGGGAGAAGCAUGUCUUCAGAUGAGUGGUCAGCAGCCGAGGACGAAGGCCAGUUGUCCAGACUCCUCAGGAAAUCAAGAGACGCCCCCUUCGUCCCCGCGGGAGUGGCAGGCUUCGUGGCUGUGCUGUCCUACGGUCUUUACAGGCUAAAAUCCAGAGGAGGUCAGAAGAUGUCCCUCCAUCUCAUCCACGCGCGGGUCGCUGCCCAAGGGUGUGCUGUGGGAGCGGUGACUCUAGGUGUCCUGUACUCUAUGUAUAAAGACUACAUUAGACCUCGGUUCUUCAGCGCACCCAAAAAGUAAAGCCGGAAGCUGGAGGCCAGGAAGACCAGCUCCUGGUGAGUGCUGGCCACCAGGAAAAGGAAGUCUCACCACUGCAGAAGCGUCACUCGCACAGUCC